AUGGCGUUCAAGUGCAAAAUUAUAGUAUUGGCGUGUGUUAUAGCUUUAUCCGCAUCACAAGGAUUCAAGAACUCAAAACGGAAACCAGCUAGUCCUGCACCACCAGCUCGCGCAGCAUCAGAUCCCGACACGGAGAUCACCAGCUCCUGCCCUGAAGACGGUUUCUUCGCUGAUGCAGAGCAAUGCGAUAAAUAUUAUCAAUGCAGCAAUGGAGAAAUAACUGAGAAGCUUUGCCCAGACGGUAUGGUGUUUAACGAUUACAACUCGCAAGACGAGAAAUGCGACCUUCCCUUCAAUCUUGACUGUUCCCAACGACCCAAAUUGCAGACGCCAAUCCCAAGUCAACAUUGCGUCCGCCAGAACGGGUACUUCCCUCACGAGGAACCCCAUGAGUGCGGCAAAUUUUUCUACUGUGUGGACGGCAAGUUCAACAUGAUCACCUGCCCAGAGGACCUUGUUUAUAACGAGAAGACAGGCAUCUGUACUUGGGCUGAUGAGGCUAAGAAGAAGGGGUGCGGUGCUGCCGACAUCUUCCAAUUCAAAUGCCCCGAAGUGAACGAAACUUUCGGCUUGACUCAUCCGCGUUACGCCGACCCUGAUGACUGCCAAUUCUUCUACGUAUGCAUCAACGGUAAUGUCCCAAGACGGGGUGGCUGCAAACUCGGACAGGCCUUCGAUGAUGUCCAGAAAAGAUGCGAGUGGGCGAGAAAGGUCCCAGAAUGCAAAGACUGGUACAAAGACCGUCUCACAGACGCUGAACUUGACGCCCUAGAGAACCCACCCGUAGCAAAACCUAAGCCCUCAGGUUCCCCAUCUCGUCGCAAGCCACAAAGACCUAAGCUAGGCAAAAACAAGCAGUAG